UCGGGCCUUUUCCAACAUGACGAAGUUAAUACUUAUCGUCCUAUGGGGACUUCUUCCCGUCACGUUAGGACAACAGGAUCAACAGUCUCCAGUUGUAACUCUUAGAAAUGGUAAGAUCCGGGGCAAGACGAUCCCCGUCUUGAAUGGACUCGUGAACGCGUACCUGGGAAUCCCCUACGCAGAGCCUCCUACAAAAGACCGAAGGUUCAAACCGCCAGUGCCGAAAACCCCCUGGAAGGGCACCUACAACGCAAGGGACUAUGGGAACGCCUGUAUGCAGAUCGACGACGAUACCUACCCAGGAUUCCGCGGGUCGGACAUGUGGAAUGCAAACGUACCGAAAUCGGAGGAUUGUUUGUACCUUAACGUUUGGGUGCCGUCAUCAGCGCCCAAGGAGGCUACGGUGAUGGUUUGGAUCUACGGCGGCGGUUUUUAUAGCGGAGUGGCGUCGUUAAAAGAAUACGAAGGUCAAACGUUGGCAUAUACAGGUAGAGUUAUAGUGGUGUCCAUGAACUAUAGAGUUGGAGCCUUGGGAUUCUUAGCUCUUGACAUUGACGACGCGCCAGGAAACAUGGGACUGUUAGAUCAGAACCUUGCCUUGAGAUGGGUUCAACAGAACAUCGGACAGUUUGGCGGGAAUCCUGACAGUGUGACGAUAUUUGGCGAAAGCGCCGGUGCAGCCAGUGUGGGCUACCAUCUCUUGUCACCCCUCAGCAGACAUCUCUUCAAGAGAGGCAUCAUGCAAAGCGCGUCCCCUAACGCAGAGUGGGCGUCCCAAAGCUACGAAACGUCGAAGAGACGAGGCCGCCUGUUGGCAGAUGCAGUUGGGUGCCCAUCCGAUAGGGGGAGCCAGGUGAUGGUGGACUGUUUGAAGAAAAUCCCAGCCGGAGAAAUCAUCUACAAAGAGUGGGUGGAAGUCGGGAUGUUUUUGUUUCCUUUCCAUCCGGUGGUUGAUGGUUACUUCGUACCAGAACAUCCGAAUGAACUGCUCAGGAAGCAGGCUUUUAAGAAAACCGAAGUUCUGAUGGGAUUUAACAAGGACGAAGGCAGCUGGUUUCUAGUUUACCUCAUUCCCGGCAUGGACAAGGACCAUGAGUCUUUGCUCUCACGAGAGCAGUACCUGCAAGGGGUAAAAAUGUGUCGAACACAUCGGAACGCGUUCGGUCUCCAAGCAGUGGCCUUCCAACACACCAACUGGAAGAACCCAAACGACGGCAAACAUAACCGUGACAUUCUGGACGACAUUGUCGGGGAUUACCACCUGAUAUGUCCGGUCAUCGACUUCGCCAGUUCAUACGCAACAUCCGGAAUGGGUACAUACCUCUACCUCUUCUCCCACAACCUAUCCAAUAACAACUGGCCUGAUUGGAUGGGCGUCAUGCACGGGUAUGAGAUCGAGGUGACCUUUGGCCUGCCGAUCUCGCGCACGCAGGACUUCACGCCGGAGGAGGACGCUCUCGCGAGAAGGGUCGUGAAGUACUGGACCAACUUCGCCAAAACAGGAGAUCCGAACGAGGAGCCGGCGGACGUCGCCCAUCGCAUGGACACCUCCAGCGUGGCCACCUGGCCCCGCUACGACCUGACGGGCCGACGGUACCUGGAGAUCGCGCUGAACGGGUCCUUCCCGCGGGUCGGGCCCAGGACCAAGUCGUGCGCCUUCUGGCAGAAAUACUUACCCAAGUUGGAAAGAAACGCAGCUAACAUCACAGAGGAAGAGCGCCAGUGGAAAGACGACUUCUACUCCUGGCGGGGAGAGUUCAUGCCGGACUGGAGAUCCGCCUUCAAGGCGUUUGUUGAGCGGAAGGACAGAGAGAAGGAACGAUGUGGAACUUGAAGACACUAUGACCCUCAGUAUCAAAUGUAAAACACACUUUUUGAAAGAAAAAGUCGUAAUGACAGCUCACGUUUUGUACAUACUAUAUGUAUUAUAUCAUUUUUAUGAAUUGAUAAGGCAGCAAUGAUAUCGAUGUUGCAUCAAUCAAACUAGGUACAUAAAAAAUCUACUAUAUUUACAACAGCUGUCAUUUGAUUGGUAGAUCCAUCUAUUCUGUCUUAUUAUUAUUCCUUGUUCGUUAGCUUGGGGUUUGGUUUUGAUAUUUCAUUUAGAUUAAAGCAAUGUUUGGUUAACUUAAGAACUUAACCUUAAGAUUUAAAAAAAUCCUAUGAACGAAGUCUCUUAAACAUGAAGUUUGUAUAAAAGAAGUUACAGACCACCACUGG